AUGUCUAGCAGCAAAGUUGCCGUCCGAAAGAGUGGACAGAAACGGAAGCGAGAGGAAGAUGAUUCCACUUCGAUACAGGACGAAGAAGAUAGUCGAAGCGGACUCACGAUGGUUUCAAUACCAAAAGGAAAAGAGAAAGAUGUAGAAUAUUCUGCACCAAAGUCACAAAAAUUGACGGAUUUGGAUGAAGAAGGUAUCAAGGAGGGCGAGGAUGGUAACGUCAUCGAACAGACGCAUUAUAUUAUCAUACCAUCAUAUGCCGCUUGGUUUGAUUACAACGCUAUUCAUCAGAUUGAAAAACGUGGAGUACCUGAAUUUUUUAAUGGACGAAACAAAAGCAAAUCACCUGAAGUGUAUAUGGCAUAUCGUAAUUUCAUGAUUGAUACGUAUCGUUUAAAUCCUUUUGAAUAUUUGUCCUCUACAGCAUGCCGAAGAAAUCUUGGCGGUGAUGUAUGUUCUAUACUGAGAGUACAUUCAUUUUUGGAACAGUGGGGUCUUAUAAACUACCAAGUUGAUUCGGAAGCACGUCCUGCACCAGUAGCACCUCCAUGUACUUCUCAUUUUAUGGUACUGGCGGAUACACCCAUGGGUAUUCAGCCUAUCCAACCAACUCCUAAUCUCGCUCAGAAUGAUGAAGUUAAAAAAGAAAAGGAUAAAAAGGAAAAAGAUAAGGAAAAGGAUGAUGAAAGUACAAAAGACGAGGGUAAUGUGACGGUUAAGAUUGAAAAACUAGGUGAUGCUGGCUUGAAAACCGAUAUGUAUGCAAAACACCUUGCCACGAUGAAGAUGCGAGGAGCUGCUCCGAACAGAGAUUGGACUGAUCAAGAAACGCUAUUACUGCUGGAAGGUUUAGAAAUGUUCAAGGAUGACUGGAAUAAAGUUGCUGAUCAUGUUGGAUCCCGUACUCAAGAUGAAUGCAUCAUGCGGUUCUUGCAGUUGCCUAUUCAAGAUCCGUACCUAGAAGAAGGAGGUGCCGAAGCUGAAAUUUUAGGUCCUUUAGCAUACCAACCAAUGGCAUUCAGUCAAGCGGGUAAUCCAAUAAUGUCAACGGUAGCAUUUCUGGCAUCUGUUGUCGAUCCUCGAGUUGCAUCCAAAGCUGCAAAAGCAGCAUUAGAAGAAUUUGCAAAGAUGAAAGAGGAAGUGCCUCCACUGGUUGCCGAAGCGCAUGCCCUCAACGUAGAAGCAGCAUCAGCUGGUGGUAAGAUUGAUGGUAGUGCAGGCCUGAGUGUUUCUGGAAUUGCUGAUGACAGAACUGACAAAGAUAAAGGACCAGAACCCAUGGAUACUCAGUCUGAAGAAAUGAAAACUUGUUCUUCAGCAGAAGGAAACAAAGAUGCAGGCGAAUCAAAUGAUAGACAGAAAGAAGAUAAUAAAAGUAAAGUUUCCGAAACAGUACAAGCAGCAGCUGCCGCAGCGCUUGCUGCAGCCGCAGUGAAAGCCAAGCAUCUAGCUGCGAUAGAAGAAAGACGCAUCAAAUCAUUAGUUGCCCAGUUAGUUGAAACACAAAUGAAAAAGCUGGAAAUGAAGCUACGUCACUUUGAUGAACUUGAAGCAAUAAUGGAUAAAGAACGAGAGGCGCUUGAAUAUCAACGACAGCAACUAAUUCUGGAACGACAGUCUUUUCAUAUGGAUCAGUUACGUUAUCUUGAACAACGUGCUAAACAUGAAGCGCAAUCAAAGCUUGUCGCUGGUGGUCAGCUACCGCCAAGUUUACCACCUGGCUUUGAAGUUAGUGGUCCACCUCAGCCGCAGCAGCAAGUACAAGUACCUGCACAUUCAGUAGGUGUUUCAACAUCCUCUGUGUCGUCCAGUUGUCCACCAGCUGUAGGUCUAGCAUCAAUGCAGGCGCAAAUGACUCAUGAUAGUGUUCAAAAAAUGGAUACCUCAGAGACGUCAACGAUUGCAGUAUCCGUUGCUAUGCCUCAAGUAUCACAGCAGGCACUUGUUCCAGCUUCCUCUGCGGUGACGCAACCAAACAUUACGACUGCAUCACUGCAAACAAAUAUAAGUGCUGUGCCGCCACCUCAAUCAAGUAUGACUGUUGGACCACCACAGCCAGGCAUGACUGUAGUACCACCACCGCAAACAGGCAUGUCUGCAGUACCAUCACAAUCAAAUAUAGCUGCAAUACCAACGCAGGUGCAGCAGCAGCACUCACAAGCCCAACAACAUCCACAAAUCCAGCAACCGCAACAACCUACCCAAACUAUACAGCCGCCACCUCAGCAACCAACCUCUACAACUGGUACUAUGAAUGUACCUCAAGUCAUGACUGUACAGCCGCAGCAGCAUUUGCCACCACCACCACAGCAGCAGCAGCAACAGCAGGCACCGCCACCUCAGCAACAAUAUCAGCAAGCACCUCAGCAACAACCACAACUUCAGCAGCAACCUUAUCCUCCUCAAGGUGGUUAUCAGCCGCAGCAGCAGUAUGCACAAUAUGCGCAGAACACUUCCCCACAGCAGUAUCCACCACAAGGUUAUCAAAAUGCGCCAUCACAAGGAUACUAUGGGCAGCCUGGAACUCGACCGCCUUAUCCGCAACAAUAUGCACAGCGACCGUCUUAUCAACAGCCAAUGCAGGCCUAUGGUCAACCAGUGCGGCCAAGUUUUCCACCGACAUCAGCGGCAGCUCCUCCACCAGGUCAAAGUUAUGGUUAUCCUCAAGGCUAUCCACCACAAGGCCCACAGUAUGCACCACCCGGUGGUUAUGCGCAUCCGCAAGGACAACAAGCACCUCCGCCAACUUCAGUGCCUCAGCCAGUAGAGUCUUCGGAUGCUGCUACGCCACCUAUGCACCAGGGAACGCCAUCGAAUCAAUAA